AUGGCUUCGGAUGACAACCCCCCGGAAGCCCCUCUCGCCCUACAGCUCCAGCAAUGGUGUGGCUUCGGCUCUGAUAUUUUUCAGCUCAAUAAGCUGCACCUGCCAUGCUGGGGAGCACGCAUUCAAAUCACCACCUUCGAUUCGGAGCGCACUGUCAUAUUUGCCUGCAACGCCCCUGUGCACCACCAUUCGGACACCACACCUACAAGAACCCAUCACUACCAGAAGCUCGAUCUCGUCGGUGCCCUACGCUGCGGCCUCCUUGAACUUGUCGAUCAAACCACGCAGGAGAUAGUUCACCUUCCCCCAGAAGAAGGGGAGUCAGUAGUGGAUGAGCCCGUCGUAGGUUGCGUCGAGAUACCGCCCCAGGAAAAUCCUCGAGAUGGCCAGAAGACGAUUGCACUCGGCCCCGAUCAUACCGCGCCGAUCUGGAAGGCGGUGCUGCAGCCCAACAAGACUUACAGCGUGCGCUUUUCCAAGUCAGGUGGCGACGCAUGGUGCUACUACCCCGACUCUCCCGACCGGCGCCUCCCCGUUCUCCGCGAACCCGGCGAGACGCACUUCACCGUCUACGCCGACCCGCCCGCGCCGACCUGCUCCGCGACUCUCAGCGUCGAGCCGAGCGUCUGCCACAACUCAGGCUCACCGCCAUUCAAGUUCGUCACGACCGUCACGCUCGACCCAUCUGACGCCUUCGACGGGCCGGUGACGGUGGACAUGUACGGGACGUCGUUCAACAGCGGCGACCUGAACGGGCGCAGCCGGCUGAGCGAGAACUACGGCGCCAUCACCAGCGUCGGCGAGCUCGUGCGCUGCGUCGACGUCGAGACGGGCGUCGAGGUCGACUUCCCAUACGUCAACCUGUGCUGGUUCGACAACGCGCACCUCGAGUUUCCCGACGACGACUUCUUCGUCGAGCUGUGGCCCGGCAGGCCGUGGCGCCACGAGUACACGGUCGAGCUCCAUGGCCGGAGUAGCAUUGGUGGCUUGGAGCACUUGGUGGCGGGAAAGAGGUACAAGGCCGAGUUGAAUGCCGAUGUUUUCGGGAAGUGGAUGUACGGUAGAAAGGAGGAUCUUCUGAAGGGGACCAGGCAGGAGAAGGAGGAGAGGUGGGAGUCAGGCCCGAGGGGAAGACCCAGGAUAUUGCUGACACAGGUCAAUGAGCCGGUGGAGUUUGACGUUGUGGAGUGA